AGAUGGCAGCACCGUUUAGCCCUCAUAUGAACAGUGCGGCGCCGCUGGCGGUGUUGUUUUGGGUUUCGAGAAGAUGGCAGAAUAUUCUACAGUCCAGAAAAGCUCGUUAAAACUCAAAGGGCUUGGAGUCGUUACGGCCGGGAAAAAGAAAAAGAAGAAGGACAAGGAGCGAAAGCAUUUGGAUGAGCAGGUGCUCACCGCUCAAAAUGGUGAAGAGGAGACCAAGAAAGUCUACGUAGACAAGAGGACACCUGCCCAAUUAGCAUUUGACAAGAUACAGGAAAAAAGACAAAUGGAGAGGAUUUUGAACAAAGCUUCUAAAACACACAAGCAGAGAGUUGAGGAUUUCAACAGACAUCUGGACACACUGACAGAGCAUUAUGAUAUUCCUAAAGUCAGCUGGACCAAAUAAUGAGGAACUCCUAACUGAGACCGUGGCUUUAACCACCGAGGAUCUGUAGAUGUUUUGAGAAACUGUGUUACUUCUGAUGUUUUAUUUCUGCUGGAUCAGGCAGCCUUGUUUUGGUUCCAAAACUACAGAGACUUUAAUAACUGCUGCAAAUCUGCUGAUUCUAAAUUGCUGCGUUAACUUAGAAGAAUAACAGCCAUGAUCUGUUUCUGAUUUGGUCUUUGAAAGUCCAGAGUGUCUGGAGUUGUAUUAUGACAUGGUAUCAUUUUUCUUUAGGAAAUGCCUGAUACUCUCUUGUUUUAUGUCCCUUGGCUUAUUGUGCUUUUUACUCUGAAAUAGGAGUUCUAAGCAGUGUAUUCCAGUAUAUUUACAUGGCUACGAGUAAACUUUAUUUUUACGGUG